AGCGUAAGAAAUCAAUGCUAUCGAUAAUAGCAUCAGCAGGCGACGGCAAAAAAGUCUUAAAAAAAUAAAAUGGCUUCAUUCUUGGCAAGAACGGGCGGUCCCUUAAUUGAAACCGUUAGGCCAGCGGCCAUGAAAAAGAUUCUCGGCCUGGCUCCCAUUGCCGUUCAGCAGCUGAGGAACCUCAAUGUUCAGGAGCACGUUUCAUACAGUCUCCUUAACGAGAGCAAAAUUCCAACACCUCGUUUUGCUGUUGCCAAGAACGGCAAGGAGGCCAACGACAUUGCCACCAAGCUGAAGACGGACAACCUGGUGCUGAAGGCUCAGGUUCUUGCGGGUGGACGUGGCAAGGGAACCUUCAAGAAUGGUCUCAAGGGAGGCGUGCGAGUGGUCUACGACCCCCAGACCGCUGAGGAAAUUUCCAGCAAAAUGAUCGAUCAACUAUUGGUCACUAAGCAAACUGGAGCAGCUGGUCGCAUCUGCAAGAAGGUGAUGGUAGCCGAAAGGAAGUUCCCCCGCCGUGAGUUCUAUUUUGCUGUGAUGAUGGAGCGUGCUUUUAACGGUCCCGUCCUGAUCGCAUCCAAGGAGGGUGGCGUUGACAUAGAGGAGGUGGCUGCCAGCAGUCCCGAUGCUAUUCUAUACGAACCUAUCGAUAUUGGCACUGGUUUGACCUGUGAACAGGCCCAAAAGAUCGUUAAGAAGGUUGGCCUGGGCGGUGAAGGUGAGGACACACACGUCCAGAUGUUGUUGAACCUGUACGAUCUGUUUGUCAAGAAGGAUGCUCUCCUGGUUGAGAUCAACCCCUAUGCUGAGGAUGCCAUGACUGGCUGCUUCUUCGCAUUGGACGCCAAGCUGCGUUUCGAUGACAAUGCCGAGUUCCGGCAGAAGGAACUUUUCGCUCUGCGUGAUUGGACUCAGGAGGAUCCUAAGGAAGUCGAGGCUGCCAAAUACAAUCUGAACUACAUUGCCCUGGAUGGUACCAUUGGCUGCAUGGUAAACGGUGCUGGUCUUGCUAUGGCCACCAUGGACAUCAUUAAGUUGUAUGGCGGCGAACCUGCCAAUUUUCUGGAUGUUGGUGGUGGUGCCACUGCCGAGGCUGUAAAGGCAGCUUUCAAGAUCAUCACCUCCGACCCGAAGGUGUUGUGCAUUCUGGUCAACAUUUUCGGCGGCAUUAUGCGUUGCGAUGUCAUUGCUGAGGGUAUCAUCUCUGCCACAAAAGACCUGAACCUAAACAUGCCCGUGGUUGUGCGUCUUCAGGGAACUAAGGUCAAGGAAGCCCGCGAACUGAUUCGUACAUCUGGACUGAAGAUUCUGGCCCGCGAUGAUUUGGAUAAGGCUGCCGAUUUGGCUGUGCAUUUGGCGCAGAUCGUCAAACUGGCCCGCGAAAUGAAAAUGGAUGUGAACUUCGAGAUUCCCGAUGCCCAAAAGGGAAAGGGUGGUGGUCAAAAGUGUGAAAAAAAGGAGGAUAAGAAACAAGAGAAGAAAGAGGAAAAGAAAUCCGAUUGUACAAAGAAAGAGGAAAAGAAAAAGGAAGAAAAAAAAGACAUCUGUGCGAAGAAAGGAUCACCAUCCGAUAAGGGUAAAAAAUAAAGGAUCCACCCAGCAUAUUUUCGAAUCUACAACAGCAUUAAGAAGAAGCCAUUGUUAAAAUUCUAAAUCCCCAACAUACCACAAAGUUUUCAUUAAUAUUACGAUUUUUUGUUUUCAUA